AUGGCUCCACGCAUCAACCUUUUCACCGCGAGAAAUGCUCUCCGCCAACAAUGCCAAUCGCUCACCAUAAGACCUCGCCAAUCUACACAAUCUCCAAUCAAUUGGUCGAAUGGACGAACUGCAUAUAUCACAGAAAACUCAUGGCGGUUGUACUCAUCAAAGUCCGAAAAGGAUUUCCCCGAACACGUCGAGCAGCCCAAGGGUCCUACUCAGGAUCAAUUACCUCAUGUCAGCCAGGAGGCUGCUGCCAUUGAUAAGAUUCUCAGCGGGAAAAAAUGCGAUGGAAAUGCACCUGGAUCGCCAGAACUCGAGCAAGGAACUCCAAUUGAGGAGAUGAUGAAAAGAGACGAAGACGCUCUCAAAUACGCACCCAAGGUAAUCCGAGACCAGGCCAAGAAAGGAACUCGAUCAUAUUCCACAUCCGCACGACUUUAUCAAGAAGUCACACAACAAUCUACAGGAGCAGCCGCCGAGGAUCCAUCGAUAGUCACGGUCGCAAAUAUGAUUAAUCUUGCAACGGAACGAGCUGCUGAAAAUCUUCCGGGACUGAAAUUUGGCAUGCCUGCGCCUCUUCCCAAGACGGAGAAUGUUAGGAGUCGAUAUGAUCCUGUUGUUGAGCAGUUUACUAAAUUGCUUAUGGAGGAUGGGAAACUUAGUCGUGCACAAAAGGAUAUGGAGUUUAUUCUCAAUCAUCUCCGCACCUCUGCACCCCCCAAAACCGACCCCAGACGACGUCUCCUUACAUCUUUACCCAGUCCUCAGCUUCCCCUCAAUCCCGUGAUAUAUCUCAAUCUUCUAGUUGAUUCCGUUGCUCCUCUGAUCAAGAUUCGUCAACAGAAAGGUCUCGCUGGUGGUGGUGCAUCAGUGCCCAUGCCAGUGCCUUUGGCGAUGCGCCAGAGACGCCGAACAGCUAUCAGAUGGAUCUUAGAAGCUGCAGAGAAAAGAAAGGAUAGUAAGCUAGCUCUCCGUGUUGCUAAUGAGCUUGUCGCUGUUGCUGAAGGUCGAAGCGGCGUGUGGGACAAGAGGGAGCAAGUUCAUAAGAUUGGUGUUUCGGGACUUUCUGAUUGGCUAAAACAACCGCAGCAGCCGCAACCCAUUGACCUUCCUCCUAUUAGCCAGUCGUUCGACGUAUCUCGUGAAGAUGUCAAAAGGAUUCCAAGCAAGCUUGUCCCUCUCGAGGCUGGUCCUCUUUCUUCUUUUUCACCCUCUUCAUCUUCUGCUACUCGAGCUACUCGACCUUUUAACCAGCGGAUCUUACCGAAUACAUCUUCGACAAGUCUGCGUCGCACAGCAGGGAUCAGUUACGGAUUUGUCCCACAUGACGAUACAGCUAGUAGCAUUAAUAGUGGAAGUCAAGAUCACGAGGGAACUGGGUUUUCACCAUUACCUUCCCAGAAUUUAGAACGGGCGCAGCAACGAUUUAUCAAGUCUAACGGCAGGGCGGCUACCGGUUUACGACCUCAUAUUCUCUGGGCGGAAGCUCUUGAGAAGAGAAAUCGCGGACUUGAUAAAUCCUUCCGAUACGAUCUCGCCAAUAUGAAGUUCUCGCACAGUCUUCAGUUUAAUUCGGUCCCGGACUGGAGUGCUUAUUAUAUUGCAUAUGAUAAUCUCAAGAAAUUAAUCUACAGUCUGGAGAAGCAGAUCCAUCACCCCGACACUCAUGGCGCAGCUGAUUCCGAAUCCGCCCCCCUUCUCGACACCUCUGUGGACACCGAUACAAUCUUUCGGCGUGCUUUGGAUGCGGAAUUGGAGAAAAUCUGCUCCUUCUAUCAGAUCAAAGAACUCACUAUCUUCGGAGAAGUGGAGGAUGUUCUCAAGGAGCAGGCACAAUAUAAAGCUAGUACAGAUGGAAUGGUUAUGGAGCCAGUCACGGAAACAGUGAUCAAAUCUCGGACAUUGAGUAUUGGCUCACGUCCACGAACAGGGAGUAUUCUACAUUCGUUAGGGUUGGGACCGAAUCGGCGUGAAAGUACGAUUAGUGGUGCAUCUGUUGGUGAAGAUGAUGAGGAUGAUGAAGAUGAUCGUGAUAGCGACGAUCUUGAGUCUCCCGUCGAAGAGAACCGAAGACCGGCGUCCCGAACUCGAUCACACACAGGACGAUAUCGGGAUCUUGUCCAUGGUGGUGAUAGGUCUGACGGGUUCACAAGCGAAAUGGGUGAUUCUCGAUUAUGGAAUCUUGGCAACUCGCGACACGAGGAAGAGCAGCAUGAUCCACAUAUCUUGGAUCUUUAUAAUGUGGGCAUUGCCUUGAAGAAACGGGUUAUUAGCGUCUAUGUCUCGUUGUGCGAAUUAAAGUCGUACAUACAACUCAACAAAACGGGAUUUUCCAAGGCGCUGAAGAAGUACGACAAGAUCCUUGAUCGCAGUUUACGAAGGGUCUAUAUGAACGGUACUGUUUCGCCGGCGUAUCCUUUUACCGAUUCAACGGGAAAUCACGUGGACGAAAACAUUCGCCGUAUCGAGCAUGUUUAUGCUGAAAUCGUCACAAGGAAUGACUUGUCGCUUGCAAGGAGAGAACUCCGGCUUCAUCUGCGGGAGCAUGUUGUCUGGGAGAGAAAUACCGUAUGGCGAGAAAUGAUUGGCAUUGAGCGCAAAGCGCAGGCAGCAAAUAUGGGUAUCCGUCGGACUCUGCUUGGUGGUGACCACGAUCCGUCUACAGCACAACGUCAGGGCGAUGUUGAAAGCAAAGGGAAAGAAAUCGAGACACCUCUUGGUCGUUGGUAUUUCCCGGAAUGGAUGUGCAGUUUAUCUUUCUUCUCCUUGGUUGGGAUUAUCAUAGUUUUCGCCAUCUUGCUCUCGGUACCCAUCAUGGAGAAACCCGAGCAGCAAAAUUGUCUGGCGAUGCUGGUGUUUGUCAGUCUGUUGUGGGCAACGGAGGUCAUCCCGUUGUUUGUCACGUCGCUGUUGAUUCCAUUCUUGGUUGUGAUACUCCGUGUCAUGCGCUCAGAGGAAAAACCGCAUGCGCGAUUGGCACCAGAUGCAGCGACCAAGGCUGUUUUCGCGUCCAUGUGGACAUCGGUCAUCAUGCUCUUACUUGGUGGGUUUACCAUUGCAGCAGCGUUGUCCAAGUAUGAUAUUGCUCGUCGUAUGGCCACAUUUGUAUUGAGCAGAGCGGGGACGAGUCCUCGCAUUGUUCUAAUUACCAAUAUGUUUGUCAGUAUGUUUUUGAGUAUGUGGAUCAGCAACGUCGCUGCUCCAGUACUCUGCUACUCUAUCAUACAGCCACUUUUGCGCAACUUGCCUUCGGAGUCAAACUUUUCAAAAGCACUCAUUCUAGGAAUCGCAUUAGCUGCAAACGUCGGCGGUGCAGCCUCACCAAUUGCAUCGCCGCAGAAUAUUAUCGCAUUGGAGAAUAUGUAUCCCGCCAUAAGCUGGGGAACAUGGUUCUUCAUCUCGAUCCCCGUAUGCGUUCUAUCCAUCCUGGCGAUUUGGGUCAUAUUACUCGUUACAUUCCAACCCAGUCGUGGCACAACAAUCGUGCCUAUCCGACCCGUCAGAGACCGAUUUACAGGCACACAGUGGUUCGUUACUCUCACGACCCUCGUCACGAUUACCCUCUGGUGUUUCAGCCACCAACUCGACACUGUUUUUGGCGACAUGGGCGUAAUCGCAAUUAUACCCAUGGUCCUCUUCUUUGGCAGCGGUAUUCUCACAAAAGAAGACUUUAACAAUUUCCUCUGGACCAUCAUCAUCCUUGCCGCGGGUGGCCUCGUGCUGGGGAAAGCCGUUACAUCUUCUGGAUUAUUACAUACAAUUGCCGGCGCAAUCACCGAACGAGUCGCCCAUUUCAGUCUGUACGGAGUACUAUUGGUAUUUUCGGGACUGAUUCUAGUAAUGGCUACAUUCAUCUCGCAUACGGUCGCAGCAUUGAUCGUGUUGCCGCUUGUGCAGCAAGUGGGUGUUGGAAUGGAGAAUCCGCAUCCGAAUUUACUCGUUAUGACGAGUGCGUUGAUGUGUUCUGUUGCCAUGGGAUUGCCUACGAGCGGAUUUCCCAACAUGACGGCUAUUAUGAUGGAAAUCCCUUCAACGGGGCAGCGAUACCUUCGAGUCAGUCAUUUUCUUACAAGAGGUAUACCGGGUAGUCUUGUUUCGUUUGUGAUUGUUGUCACGGUUGGAUAUGUUUUAAUGAGUAUAGCUGGAUUGUAAUUUUGCUUCUAGAUAUAUAUUCGAUUUGCACAUUCUUUUUGUAUAGAGGGGGCUACAUAUUGUUUUAUUAGGAAGAAAGCAGAUAUGAAUAUCCGAAACCUCCUUCAUAUCGAACACUCUCUUUGUCUUAUUUUGCCCUACUUGAAUGGCCUGACCAAA